AUGUCUGAUUUGACAUCGUUGACACCUUCACAAUUGAUCAACGACCUCACAUCCCCAUAUUUCUUAACACCUGCUGCUGAUAAUCCUGGUGAUGUGCUCGUCCCCGAUCUCCUCACUGGAGAAAACUAUGCAGCCUGGAAACGCUCGAUGCGUAUGGCCCUUAAUGCCAAGAACAAACUUGUCUUUGUCGAUGGAACUCUAAAGCGACCACCUGAUGCUAACACUACCAACCUUUGGGAUCGUUGCAGUGAUAUGGUUCUCUCUUGGCUCUUAAAUUCCAUCGAUAGCAAUCACCCUCGUCUCUACCGCCUCCAACGUGAUUUGGCUAACCUCAAACAAAACGUCAUGUCCAUCGCCACAUACUACAAUACAAUUAAAGGAAUCUGGGAUGAGAUCAAUGCACUAACCGAUGCCAACUCCUGCACUUGUGAUGCUCGCAAAAAGGCCGAAGACACAGCCAGUACCGAACGACUCUUUUAA